AUGAACUCCGACUCCCCCCUUUCAAAUUCUGCAGUUCCUUCGCUGGAUCAGGAUACCACCAAAUAUACCCAAGAGCUCAUCUCCAGCUGUUUGGAAGGCCUCCCCACUUUCGAGGAAUCGCGUUAUAACACCUCGACAUCCGAUGGUCCAGCUGUUAAAUAUAUACAACCGCCGAACCCAGGCUGGAAAUUUGGAGAGAAAGUUGAAAGUUCAGAUCUUGGUAGAAAAUGGAUGGAGAGCUCAAAGCUUGAGGAUGACUGGGAGCAUUUCGAUGCAGAUAAGGAAGACAACCGAAAAAUCUACGCUCUUAUGAUAAGUGGUAUUCAGCCCCGACCAAUCGCUUUCAUAUCAUCGGUGUCUGCCUCUGGGGAAGAGAACAUUGCCCCAUUCAGUUUCUUCCAAGCCCUUAGUCCCUCACCACCAUUAAUUAUGAUCUCAGCCAUGAACGCUCCGAGAAUCAAAGACACCACUACCAACAUACAGGCCACCAAAGAAUUUACGGUGAAUCUCAUCAGUCUCCCCUGGAUCGUGCAAGCCAAUGCAGCAUCGAUCGACGCUCCAGCACACGUUUCCGAAUGGGAAGUGGCAGGAUUGACAAAGGAACCUAGUACCCAUGUACGAGCCCCACGAGUUAAAGAAAGCGCUUUUUCUAUGGAAUGCACCUUUUUCGACAAAUACGACAUCGUCCAUCCCGACACAGGAAUUACUGCAUCCACUAUCACAUUCGGCUUGAUUAAAUGUAUUCAUGUUCGGAAAAACGUUCUAAAUGCUAGAGGAGUUCCGGAUCCAGCCAAAUUGCAGACUGUUUCGAGGAUGGGGGAUAUCUCAUACGGGUUAACGACGGAGGCGUUCAGAUUGCCUCGGCCGAGCUGGGUUUCAGAUGGAGAGGUGAUCGAGAAGGUAUUGAGGGAGAAGAGACAACUUGAUUCAGUGGAUAAUAACCACUAG